GAAGCGAGGACAAUUAUCGGAAAGCACAUCAUUCCCUAACCCUGCAUGUCAGCUGUUGACAGUGUGAUUCAAAGCAUCUUCAAAGUGCCGAGUUAGAGAAAUCCCGGCGGAGAUACAGUAAGGAGUGACAGCGUAGAAAGACUCUUAAAUAAGAUUUUCGUUCCAACUUUCUAAUCUAUAAGAAAAAGCCUGAAACCUUUAAGAAUGGCCGAUCCUAACACAACAAACUCAGACUCCGGGAAAGGAAUUAUUGUAAUGGCCGUGGACUAUAGUAACAACUCGGAGUGGGCUUUUGACUGGUAUGUCACCAACUUCCACAAGCCGGGGAACAAGGUUAUCCUCCUCCACGUACCGGAGAGUUACAUCAACGCUACCACCAUGAGCCCUGGAAGAGUAAUGGAAUUACAGAGAGAGUCAGACGGAAAAACCACCGAUCUUAAACAGAAGUUCAUCGACAAAGCCAGCAAACUAGGGAUCGAAGCUGAAUUUCGAGUAGAGAACGCUGAUAAGCCGGGCCAUGCUAUAGUCGACGUGGCACAGAAAGAGAACGCCACAUUCGUCGUCACGGGAACAAGAGGGAUGGGCAAAUUCCGGCGGACAAUAAUGGGCAGCGUCAGUGACUUCGUGGUCCAUCACGCCCAUUGCCCAGUUUUAGUCUGUAGACACAAAGACAAAUAGACAUAUCAAUGUCCCUCACAUUGUCCGGAAGUGGAUCACUCAUCAAGUGCGCAGAGUAUGAUAUGCACAGUCACGUGAUAGGAAGUUGCAUAGAGGAUAACAUUGGCUGUACAUGUACAUGUGUAGUUGUAUGUUUAUGUGUUUAAAUUGUGCAUCUAUCUAGUUUCACUUUCAAACUCAUCUGUUUUAUUGUUUUGCUUUUAAAGAGGGUCGUACAUAGAUCAGGUAUAACAA